CCCAUUGGACACUAAGAAAAUCUACUGCCAUAAAGAGAAAGCUGGGGUUUCCUUUGCUUUUGGGGAAUACAAUAUAAACAGACUUUUAGUUCCAAAACGGAUCUGCUGCCCACCUCUGUUGCUCUGCUCCAUUUCCAACUCUGGCCAAAAGGGUUUGAAGCCAAACAAACAUCAACAUGUCAGAAAAAAAGAUGUCCUCGAGUCGCAAGCAUCAUAUAAAGAGUUUGAUGCUGUCCAUCGCCAAAGGUUUGCUUGAGGAGGAGGAGAGGGAGCAGGAGGAGGAGAGGGGGAGGUACAUGGCGGAGAACUGUCCUGCUCUCUCUUUUCCCAGGAGCAUGCAGGAGCUGCAGGACCUGUCCAGAGAGAUCCACCACAAGAUCGACGUGAUCGAUGAGGAGAGAUACAACCUGGAGGUGAAAGUCAACAAGGCCGACAAGGAGAUCGAUGACCUGAAGAUCAAAGUUCAGGACCUGAUGGGCAAAUUUAAGAAGCCUGUCCUGAGGAAAGUGCGUAUGUCCGCAGACGCCAUGCUGAAAGCUCUGCUGGGCUCCAAGCACACAGUCAACAUGGACCUGAGGGCCAACCUGAAGCAGGUCAAGAAGGAGGUGAAAGAGGAGGAUAAGGAACUGCGUGACGUCGGCGACUGGCGUAAAAACAUUGAAGACAAAGCUGGUAUGGACGGCAGGAAGAAGAUGUUUGAGUCCGAGGCUUAAGUCAGCGUCCUAUCAAAGCUGCAGAUUUGUAAUCCCUGUUUUCCACUGACUGCACUGGUUCAAACUACCUUUCAAACAAUUAAUAUGUAAGCUGUGAAAAGUUCUGUCAAAUAAAGAAGUAAAACCUGCUGAA